AUGCUUUCUCUACCACUAGAAGUUCAACUUCGAAUAUUAAAAUAUCUUAAUUUCAACGAAUUAAUCUCUGUUAAACAAACAAAUUCUUACUUUUGCAAUUUAAUUAAUAAAUAUGAGGGAAAAUUGGCACGAAGGAAAUUUUAUGAACUCUCACUAUGGCAAGCAUCUAUAGCUAAAUCGACUCGAUUGUUUUUACAUUCUGGCAAAAAAUUAUUCGUUUGUAUGAGUAAGACAGAUGACGAAGAUGCCAUUUAUUAUAUUUUGAAAUUGCCAAAUCAACCAAAGAACCUUAAACAAAUGAUUAUCAUUCGUUACUGGUUAGAACGACUAUUUGAAUGUGACUUUGAAUCUUGCAAUUUUGGAACUUUUGUGUUUAAUCCUGAAAUGAUCAAAAUAUUAUUUGAUAAUGACAAAACAAUUUCUCUUCAAUUUAAUAUUAAAUAUAUAUUUCUACGUGCUGGCAAAAAAAGAAUUGAGAAUAUUUUUAAAUUUUAUUUAAAUCAUCUAUCAAAUUCUGAAUAUCUUAGCAUCGUUUUAUGCAAUGAUGACAUUACAGAUCACCAUAUAAAUAUUUUAUUCCAUAUUAUAAUAAAUAAAGGCAAUAAAAAAUCACUAAAAAUUUUUGCUGACGGUUAA